AGAGAAGGGCAGGUGCGGGCACAGCCCUCCGGAAGCUGGGAGAGGGGCCCUUCUCCCAGCGAUGUCUGAAAGGAGCCGGUGGCGUCCUUUUCCAUUUUCAUUCCAGGACAACCUGUGUGCCGUGCAGGGAGAGCUGUGAGCAGAGACUUUCCCUUCACAGAUGCACUGCUCACAGGCAGGUAAGGCCACAGCGGGCGCCACGGCAGAGCUGUGAAUGACUGCACGCCGGGCAGAAGCUGAGCUGUCGGACGGACUCUCACCACGGCCACUGGAGCGCAUCUGCACUCGGGACUCGAGGCCACUCGGACCCCUGCUGGGCCCGUGGACUGUUGCUGUCCUCCUGCCCGGCGGCCCCUGCUCAGGCCCUGAGGCCGGGCUGCAGUGGGAGGGGCGGGAGGAGGCCAGCAUGGGUGUCCAGGCAGCAGGACCGCUUAACCCGUGGCCCUGGCUGCUGCUGCUCGUGGCCCUCUGGAGUUCGGAAGCCACGUCUGCUCUGAACAAGCCCACCGGUCCCCCCGCCCAGCAGGCGCCCGGGGCUGGCCUUGCCUCGGGCCCAGCGCUGGGCGAGAGGAUCACUGUCUUCGAGCUGGACUAUGACUACGUGCAGGUCCCCUACGAGGUCACCCUCUGGAUCCUUCUCGCUUCCCUGGCAAAAAUAGGCUUCCACCUGCACCACAGGCUGCCGGGCCUCAUGCCGGAGAGCUGCCUGCUCAUCAUUGUGGGCGCGCUGGUGGGCGCCAUCAUUUUUGGUACCGACCACAAAUCGCCUCCGGUCAUGGACUCCAACAUCUACUUCCUGUACCUCCUCCCUCCCAUUGUCCUCGAGGGCGGCUACUUCAUGCCCACCCGGCCCUUCUUUGAGAACAUCGGCUCCAUCCUGUGGUGGGCAGGCCUGGGCGCUCUGGUCAACGCCCUGGGCAUCGGCCUCUCCCUCUACCUCAUCUGCCAGAUCAAGGCCUUCGGCCUCAGCGACGUCAACCUGCUUCAGAACCUGCUGUUCGGCAGCCUGAUCUCCGCCGUGGACCCCGUGGCUGUGCUCGCUGUGUUCGAGGAGGCGCGCGUGAACGAGCCGCUGUACAUGAUGAUCUUCGGGGAGGCCCUCCUCAACGACGGCAUCAGUGUGGUCUUAUACAAUAUACUAAUCGCCUUCACAAAGAUGCACAAGUUCGAAAGCAUCGAGCCUGUGGACGUUUUGGCCGGAUGUGCCCGGUUCAUUAUCGUGGGGGUCGGGGGAGUCUUUUUCGGCAUUAUUUUUGGAUUUGUUUCUGCGUUUAUCACACGUUUCACUCAGAACAUCUCUGCAAUUGAACCGCUCAUAGUCUUCAUGUUCAGCUAUUUGUCUUACUUAUCUGCUGAGACCCUCUACCUCUCGGGCAUCCUGGCCAUCACGGCCUGUGCAGUGACAAUGAAAAAGUACGUGGAGGAGAACGUGUCCCAGACGUCCUACACGACCAUCAAGUACUUCAUGAAGAUGCUGAGCAGUGUCAGCGAGACCCUGAUCUUCAUCUUCAUGGGCGUGUCCACCGUGGGGAAGAACCACGAGUGGAACUGGGCCUUCGUGGGCUUCACGCUGGCCUUCUGCCUGCUCUGGAGAGCCAUCAGCGUGUUUGCUCUCUUCUACAUCAGUAACCGCUUCCGGACCUUCCCCUUCUCCGCCAAGGACCAGUGCAUCAUCUUCUACAGCGGCGUCCGCGGAGCGGGCAGCUUCUCACUGGCAUUUCUGCUGCCCCUGUCUCUUUUUCCUCGGAAGAACAUGUUCGUCACUGCUACUUUAGUGGUUAUAUACUUCACUGUAUUUAUUCAGGGAAUCACAAUUGGCCCUCUGGUCAGAUAUCUGGAUGUUAAAAAAACCAAUAAAAAAGAAUCCAUCAAUGAAGAGCUUCACAUCCGUCUGAUGGACCACUUGAAGGCGGGAAUUGAAGAUGUGUGUGGGCAAUGGAGCCACUACCAAGUGCGAGACAAGUUUAAGAAGUUUGAUCAUAAAUAUUUACGGAAAAUCCUGAUCAGAGAGAACCUGCCGAGAUCCAGCAUCGUUUCCUUGUACAAGAAGCUGGAGAUGAAGCAAGCGCUUGAGAUGGCGGAGACCGGGGCGCUGAGCGCCUCAGCCUUCUCCAGGCCCCAUCAGGCCCAGCCAUCACAGGGAACCAAGAGGCUUUCCCCUCAGGACGUGGCAUCCAUGAGGGACCUUCUGACGCGCAACAUGUACCAAGUUCGGCAGAGGACACCGUCCUAUAACAAAUACAACCUCCAACCCCGAACAACUGAAAAGCAGGCUAAAGAGAUCCUGAUUCGCCGCCAGAACACCUUGCGGGAGAGCAUGCGGAAAGGUCACAGCCUGCUGUGGGGAACACCGGCUGGUGCCAAAAACAUCCGCUACCUCUCCUUUCCCUACAGCCGUCCGCACCCAGCACCGGGAGAUGAGGAGGCUGCUGCCCUCGAAGAUGCGGACAGCAGUGAUUCAGAACUCUCCUUCGCCAUGUUCCACGCGUACUCUCCAGCACGGUCACUGCAAGAGAGACAACGGACACAACAAAUAACCACAGUGAAGAGUUUAAACAGAGGAGGGAAGCCGUCCAGCUCUGGUUAUCAAAUAAGUCCAAGCCAAGAAGAGCAUGUUGGCCGGAGCAGAAAGGCUCUGAGGCCCAAACCGCUAUUCCACACGGUGGAUGAGGAGCGUGAAUCUGGAGAGGAGAGUGGGGAAGAGGCCUCCACCCCGGGGGCUGGGCAGUGGGCUGAGCAUGGGAGGGAGCCCAGCAGGCCUUUGCUCCGAAGGAAGUAGUUGUGUUGGACACAGGCUUGAUCCAGCGUCCUCCUGAGCCAUCUCCCUAUUGGGUGGGUGAAGGGUCAGAAUCCUGAAGAAAGCUGCCGAGCUGGCUUUUUGAAGCUGUGAGUCAGGCACAAGAGGCAGCGGGGGCAGGAUGGGAACACUAACCUGCAGGCGGUGCCAUAUUCUUAGCUGAUACACUUUGUAGAUGCUUUCCUGUGAGUCAAAGACCUUUAUCACCCCAGAAAUUACUCACUGAGGAUUUCUAAGUGUGUGUGAUCCAUUUUAAUUUAUUGAGAAGCAAUGUGGUUGGUAAUUUACCUUGACAAUAUGCAUGUACAAUUUAUAACCAAGGUAGACCUCAGAGGAGCCCUAGAAAUAUACUACCACAUAAGAGCCAUCAGCCCAAAGGGACGAAGCCAUGGAAGACCCAGGGAUCCAGCCUUUUCUUUUUAUUUAAACAAACCAGCCCUCAGAGCCACAGAUAAACACCUAUGGCUCUGGAGAGGGCGUCAGUGAGUCACUACCCUUAACCCGUAGACGGAGAGACAGAGAAGAGAGGGGUGGUCAGAAAUCACCUUUCCAAAUCCACACGCAGGCCGGUUCUUGAUAGGUAGGGAGUGGCCAGUCCCUCGUGGACUUUCCACUCAGCACCAGAGCCCACCCCGAGAAGGCUCCGGGGCAGGGGCUGCUGGGAGUAACCUGCUCUGUUCUGGAAUGUGGGACCUAUGGAACUGGCACUGAGUGACAUCGGACACUGUGAGGUUUGGGACAGAGCCUUUAAUGAAAGCAGUGCUGCUGUUCAGGGGGCUCUGCGACCCAGAUCCUGCACAACCUGGACAGUGAGAUUUCCUCUCUAUACAAUGAAGGGGUUAAAAAGAAAGAAGCAGGGCAGAGAGAGACUUACCUAGCAGGAUCCUGCAGAAAGCUUGCAGCCUUGAGCACAGCAUAGCUCAGGUAAGCAGGAGACUCCUGGCAUGGGAGGAACCAAGGAGAGACCAGACCCGUCUCCCACAUUCUUUCACAAAUGGAGUUAACUAUCUGCCCGCAAGAGAGUGCAGUAGAAAGCAUGUUCCUGGGACUAAUUCAGACUGCUAGCCCCCCGAAAAUGUUUCAUUUUCCCUAUCAACUACGGUUCUUCUCGGAGAGGCUGGCUCCAUCAGGGAGAGGGUUAGGAUUAGAGGGUAAAUUGGAACUUUCUCCUUUAACUGGUGGAAACCAUAAUGGAGUUGUUUUCCCCGAGGACUUUGCUCACCUAGACACUGUCCGGUCAGGGCUGUCCCUGUCUGAGAAGCAGCCCUGGGGUGUGCCCGGAAGGCACGGCAGGCGAGGGGUGAGCAGUCCUGGUGGCUCCGGUAGACUCUGAGAGCUCGUGGAGGACUGGCCUCUUGUUUACCAUCCAAGAUGGCUUCAGAAUUCAGUGUGAUCUGCUCUUCAUUCCUCUGUGACUUGGGAUGACUUGAGGGUCUAACAGGCGCCUGAGGGAUGCUCUAGUUUCCCAGGACAAGUGUUUUGAGCAGACAACACACAGCUCAGCAGCGAAAGUUUCCUCUGGAGUGCUGAGGAAGAUCUGGCUCUUCUUCCUUCCUCGGUUCUGGGGGGCUGCAAUCGCA